ACAAAACACUCACAAUAACACUACGAUACGGUUAUAAAUGAACCAAUUUUUGUUUUUAACUGAUCUCUAAAUAUUAAGUCCACAAAACUAUACUGCAAUAUAACAAUAAAUCUGCUGGAUUUAGUCAAACUACGUUAAUUACCCAAUUUAAUUAUUCAUUUGAAUAUUAAGUCGAAGUUCGACUGUCGAACUAAUUAUAAAAACUUUCGUGAAUCGUAAUAAAGUUGGAUAAAUGAUGCUUAAACCGAAAGCCCUAACUAAAGUUUUAAGUGAGGCAAACACGGGAGGGGUAAAGAACACAUUACUUCUGAACCGUGAGGGUGCCCUCCUAGCCUACAGCGGGUAUGGGGACGAGGACGCCAGGGUCACCGCCGCCAUUGCGAGCAAUAUCUGGACUGUGUACGAAAAAAGUGGGAGGAACGCCUUAAACGAUGACAAGCUGGAUCUCGUCCUUCUCGACUGCAUGGAGGGGAAAGUAGCAAUCACGCAGGUGGCGAAUCUACUUCUUUGUCUGUAUGCACAGGAGGAAACAGGAUUUGGAUUGUUGCAAGCGAAGGCAAAAGCGCUGGUAGACUAUUUAGACGGUCCUCUAAAAAAAGUAGUCAAUUUGUCUCCGUAAUAAAAGUCGAGUGGAGUUUUGUACCGCCAUACUACACUGAAGCUAAUGUACAUAUUGUGAUCACUUUUCUUUUGUGGUGUAUAACUUAUUUAUUGCUCUCGAAAUCUUUUAUCUAGAGUAACAUACACAGAUAUUCCUAUGCUAUGCUAUUUACUGAAUGAAAAUGUUUUUAUGUGGUUAGGAGAUUCUUGAUCAACGCUUUUGAGUACUACAUCAGGUGAAUUAAGUUUAAUAAUGAGCUACUAUGCUAGACAAUCCUUGAAUAUCAGCAUAUAAUUUCAAUUUAGUGUUUAUAAUAAAACGUGAUCAUUUAUUUGCAAAAAUCA